AUGGGUAGAGGAAAAGUGGAGAUGAAGAGAAUAGAGAAUAAUAUAAGCAGACAAGUAACCUUUUCUAAGAGAAGAAAUGGUUUAAUGAAGAAAGCUCAUGAACUCUCUGUACUUUGUGAUGCUGAAAUUGCCCUUAUUGUUUUCUCUUCUAGAGGAAAACUUUAUGAAUUUAGCUCUAUCAGUUGUGUUCUAAAAACCCUUGAACGAUAUCAACGUUAUGGCAACAUUAAUAACAACAAUGAUCUUCAUCAAGGGCAUGCCAUUAGAGUUCAAACACAGGGCUGGCUUGAAGAGAUUGCACAACUGGAGGUGCAAUAUGAAGCUCUAAAGAGAGCUCAAAGGCAUAUGUUGGGAGAGGAACUAGGAGUCCUAAGUGUGAAAGAGUUGCAGAAUCUAGAGCAGCAACUUGAAGGAGCUCUUGCUCGGACUCAAACUAGGAAGGCACAAGUGAUGAGAGAGCAAAUGGAAAUGCUUCGAAGAUCGGAGCGCAAACUUGGUGAUUUGAACAAGGAACUGAAGAUGAAGGUAGAAGAACAUGGUUUUGUGCCAAUGUUGGAUUCUAAUGGUUGCAUUCCAUUCAUUGCUCCUCAAUCUGAUGACUCUUUCUUGCAAAUUGGAUCAUACAAUUACAAACCUGAGCCUCUUCUCCAAAUUGGAUAUCCUCCUCAAUAUGCCUCUCAUGAGGAUGAAGGUCCAUCAAAUAUGAACCCGAGAUCGAGUAUGAGUGGCAACAUUGGUAACUUUCACCAAGCAGGAUGGUUGCUUUAAUUAAAAAUGAAGCUCAAUAUAUUAUAUAUGAAUAUUAAGCUAUCUAUCACAAUUACAAAUAUGGUUUGUUUAGAGCAAACAUGGUUUUAUCAUCUUGUGUACUCUUAAUGCUUCAUGCAUGGUUUGAACAAAUGUUAUGGUACUCUUUUCUGUUAAUUGCUCCUUAAUUUAAA